AUGUAUUUUUGUAACGAAGGUUAUUGUCCAACACAAAGCAAUCCAAAUACUACAUGUACACCAGAUGGAACACAACAUAACAUCAAGAUACGUAAAGAAGAAACAGGAAGUAGCAUGGAAAUAAUUGACACUGUGACAAGUAGUCCAUUGAAUGGAUGGAUAAAACGCCAGGUGGAUUUCACUACUAUAACACCUGGAUAUAAAAUUUAUUUUGAUUUUGAAAAAACAUCUGGACCCGCUACACCUAUGACCACAAUUGCAGUUGAUGAAAUAUCAAUUCAUCAAGGAAGUUGUUUUGAUGAAUCCGUAACUCAAAAUAUAACAACUACAUUAACAGAAUCAAUAGUAACAAUGACAACUGAUGUUGAAAUAAAAACCAGCACAGCAAAAGCAUCUACUGUAUCGACAAAAAUUACAAGCACAAUUGAACAAUCGACUGAAUUUACAAUCAUUAGCCUGAACAAUUCGAUGGCAUCAACUGAACUUGUUACAUAUGUUACAAAUAGUAAUUCUCCGGUAAUAUUAACAACAAUCACUACAUCAACUUCUGAUAAUCAAUCUACAGAAUCCAAUAAUAUUUAUAUUAUUGUUUUGGCUGUUGUUAUUCCUAUUGUUUUGAGUUCAAUUACUGCAAUUGUUAUUUGGAUUAUAAAGUGUUAUCCAAAGAAAAAAAUAUCACCAUCUGCAUUAGAACUUAAUCAAGUACCAACUUGA